GUUUUGCUUCCUUGACCCCUUGCUACAAAAGGUUUGAGUGAUCUCCCUUCUUGCCUCAAAUGCUUCUUGCUCCUCUCCAAGCAGGUAGUGUCUGUGUUCUGCUGCUUUGGUCUCUGGAUUCCUCGUUCCCUCAUGCUUGUGGAAAUGGCCAUAACCUCGUGAGUGUCCUGGGCCACCCCCAACUCUGGGCUGAGCAUCCCUCUGGGAUCAGCUUCUGUUCCCCACUCACUGGGACUGCAGAGUCCGUGUCUUUAAUGCCAGCUCAUCAUGAAUCUAGCCCUUCCCAACUUGUGCUAAUCCAAGGGUCUUUAACUUCUAGUUCUGUUCAGGAAAUGCCUUAUUUUGGCACAUUCCUCAGUCACCUCUUUAUUCCCAUAGCCCCAAAUUUCCCUCUUCCCCAGUCCUCUGGACCUGUCCUCUCUUGUUCCUCUUGGAUCUCACAACCAGAAUGCCCAGUCUCUACCAUCUUCCUCUCAGUAAGCCCCACCUCUCCCUGCAGGCUUUUUCUUUGGCAGCAAAGUGGUGUCCCCUCAGCUGGGGCCCCCACCACGUGCUCACAGUCCCACUUCUCUCCCUGCCCCAGGUUUUAUGCUAUAUGUUUUUACCUGCUGAUGCUCGUCAUGGUGGAGGGCUUUGGUGGGAAGGAGGCAGUACUGAGGACACUGAAGGACACCCCGAUGAUAGUCCACACAGGUCCCUGCUGCUGCUGCUGCCUCUGUUGCCCACGGCUCAUGCUCACCAGGAAGAAGCUUCAGUUGCUGAUGUUAGGCCCAUUCCAAUAUGCCUUCUUCAAGAUAACGCUGGUCCUGGUGGGCUUGUUUCUCAUCCCUGAUGGCAUCUACGACCCAGCAGAUAUUUCUGAGAAGAGCACAGCUCUGUGGAUUAACACUUUCCUUGGUGCAUCUACCCUGUUCGCUCUCUGGACCCUGGGCAUCCUUUUCCGUCAAGCUAAGCUGCACCUGGGUGAGCAGAACAUAGGAGGCAAAUUUAUUCUAUUCCAGGUGCUCGUUGUCCUGACUGCCCUGCAGCCCUCCAUUUUCUCACUCUUGGCCAAUGGCGGGCAGAUUGCUUGUUCACCUCCCUUUUCCUCUAAAAUCAGAUCUCAAGUAAUGAAUUGCCACCUCCUCAUACUGGAGACUUUCCUGCUGACUGUGCUGACACGAAUGUACUACCGAAGGGAAGACCACAAGCUUGGGUAUGAAACUUUCUCUUCUCCAGACCUGGACUUAAACACCAAAGCCUAAGGUGAAUGGCUUGGACAAUGAGAAAGAUGCUGUUCUUAUUAGCAGAGCACAAGAUUUCUUCACUGUUCCUUUGACCUUGACCAAAUGGGGAAGGAUUCCCACUAUCAGCACAAGCUGGCAGAUUACAUUUAACUAUAAAGAUGAAGGUGAACUAUAUAAUAGGAUGAAAUUGUUUUGGAUCUUGCCCAGGGAAGGUGUUUUAAAUUUUGUAAUAAAUAAACAAGAUGAAGUCUGAAA